AUGAGGUUUUUUCUUCUGCUCCUGGGGUGUGUGUGGGUGUGUGAAUGUUACUCCAAUGGUCAAGUUUCAUCCAGUUGUAGUGACUUGACUCCUUCUCACGGAAGCUCAGCUCAGACUAAUGCGCCUCCGUACACUGUCACAGCCGACACCAGCAGCUAUAAACAGGGAGACACCAUCACAGUGACUCUGAGUGGAACCUCAGGAGGUUUUAAGGGAUUUCUCCUGGAAGCGAGGCCGGUGGGAGGGAACAGCCUUGUUGGUACCUUCAGUCUAAUGGGCUCCGCAUCUCAGCUCCUGAAGUGCGGUGGAGUGUCUAACUCGGCGGUUUCCCAUACAUCAUCCACAUCAAAAACGCAAAUCCAAAGUAAAUGGACCGCGCCGACAUCUGGCAACCUUGGAAACAUUGAAUUCAGAGCCACCUUUGUGCGUGACAAAUCCACCUUUUGGGUGGCAGUGAAGAGCUCACAGAUCACCUACAGCGGCACAUCGACUGGUGCCACCUCCAACACCUCUACCUCGCCCUCGCCCUCGUCCAGCAUCUCCAGCUUAAACUGUGGGAUCAGUAAGACGUGUGUAAGCCAGCCAAGUGGCUGCGAUCCUUCCACCAGCUCCAACUGCUUCUUCAUGUCCGCCACGCCCUUGUCCUCAGGGUCAGGGUUCACGUUCGAGCUCUCCGGCAAAGCAGACGGCUACGUUUCACUCGGCUUCUCAGACGACACACAGAUGGGAAAUGAUGACGUCUACAUUUGUGGAAAGGACCAAAAUGGUGUGAUCCAGUUACAGCACGCAUUUACAACAGGAACUACAAGACCAACCAUCAUCACCCUGGGGAAUGUGACAGUGCUUAAUACAUCACAGAUUAAUGGUGUGAUCAGCUGCUCCUUCACAUCUUUGAAUGCCAUCAGCACCACCAGGAGCUCCACACCGUCUAACAGCUACUACAUCUUCCUCGCCAGUGGCGCCACUAGCAAUGGUCUGAUUCAGAAGCACGCCUCCACACCUGUAAUCAGCAGCACUAAAGUGGACAUCAGCAGUGUCCAGAUAGUGACUAGUGAUUCGGGGAUCCCACCCAUCGUUAAAGCUCACGGGUGUCUGAUGUUGAUUGCGUGGAUGACCACGGGCAGUAUGGGAAUGCUCAUCGCUCGCUUCCUAAAGAGAGCCGCCCCGGGUCAGAGGCUCUGCGGGAAAGACUUCUGGUUUGUGGCCCAUGUGGUUCUGAUGUUGCUCUCCGUUGUGGCGACCAUCAUCGCCUUUAUCCUGAUAUUUUCAUACGCACAGGACUGGAGUGGGGGAGCUCAUCCAGUCCUGGGCUGUCUGGUGAUGAUCCUCAGCCUCGCGCAGCCAAUUGGUGCUGUCUUCCGCUGUGCACCACAGGAUGAAAGGAGAUUUAUCUUUAACUGGAUUCAUGCCCUCAAUGCAUUGGCCAUUAAAGGGUUGGCAGUGGCUGCGAUCUUCACCGGCCUCAUGUUGGCCGACAGCUCACCCACUCAGUGGAUGCCGAAGGUGAUGGGUGGAUUCGUGGCCUGGGAAGCGCUGCUCUUCCUCUGCCAAGAUCUUUACUACAGAUGCAGAGAAAAAGAUAUGGAUAAAAGCAACGGGGUGGGUACAGGAGUGCUUCUGCUGUUUCUGUUCUUUUUGGGAAACCUGGCGUUCCUGGUGGCUCUGCUUGUCGGAAUUGGAACAGCAUAAUUAUAGAAUUCUUAACCUUUUUUAACUUAAGGUUUGUUUGUUUAACUCAGGUAUAAAAAUACGCAUUAAUUAUGUGUUCAUUUGUUUUCAUACUCGUUCUGAUAUUUCUGAAAUCUAUUCAGAAUCUGUUACUUUUAAA